AUGCGCAUCUCCCACCUCGCUCUUGUAGCCCUCGCUGCUAUAGGCCAAGCAGUCCCUUCUCCGCAAGAGAACCAGGAUGACGUGUACUUUUCCAAGCUCGACAAAGACCUAUCAAAGGUCGUGCCAUGCAUCAAAGAAUGCAUGACAUCGUUCUACUCCGAGGUUGAUAUGAGAGCAGUGACACGCGAUCAAUUUUGCUUCCGUGAUCGGCUCAAGGUCCGCAAGUGGAUCAGGGACCAGCUCAAUGAAUGUGGGCUUGAGAAGUGCGGCUCUGAAGAAAGUAUGCCGCGCGCGACUUUAAAACCAGACUUAACUUUCCACCCCAGAAGUUCUACAUGGUUGUGCUUACGUGUCAAGUGUGGUGGUGGGGCGGGAUCAUAUCAGGAUGACCGCAAUACUGAAGACAGUGCGAAAGUACCGGCCAAAGUCCGACUCCGCGGGACAACCAAGAAAACCAAAGACUAUCUUUUCGCAGCUCAAGAGGACACGUGGCUUGGGAAGGCAGGACGAUCUAUUCACGGUUUUCCGCUCAUCGCAAGCAUCAUCGGUGCCACUGUUACUCUUGCGGCGAAAGCAUUGGCACUUAAAUGGCAUUGA